AUGGGUACUCAAAGUGGUAAUUUGAGUCAGACUAGUAGCUCAAGCCCUUCGAUUAGUUCUGGCAUACAUGUGACGGGUACUGUAGCUUUGGAUCAUUCCCCUUUAGGACAACCACCUUUAGGACAACCACCACCACCUUUAGGACAAACACUCCCACCUUUAGGGCAAACUUCAGGUUCAGUUGAUGAAGCUGAUCCUACCAACUCCCAAUCCCAUGGAGCAGCUACUGCUGGACAGAAAAGAAAAGAGCCUACAAACAAAAGCCCUAUUUGGGCACAUUUUACUAGAUGUAAACACCCGAACUCAGACUUAAUAGAUACUUGUUGGUGUACUUGCGAUUAUUGCAAUGACAGAGUGUUAUGUGAUACUAAAAAGAAUGGGACAAGCUCGAUGUGGGCACAUACUAGGAAAUGUGCUACUCACCCAUUACAUGCAGAACCUGAUCCUAAGCAGGCUAAGUUGAAUAGAGAUAAUGUGAGUGGAGGAGCCUCAUACCAUAAGUAUAACAAAAAGAGGUGUGAUGAUAGGUGCAUCGAUAUGAUUAUCAAGGAUGAGCUCCCUUUUAGGCACGUGGAGAAGGAGGGAUUCAAAGCUUUCUGCAAAGAGUUAGAACCUCAAUGGCCUGGAAUGGACAGAAAGCAGGCUGCCAAGGGUGUGCUAGAUAAGUACAAUUUUGAGAAGGUUGUUUUGUUGAGUCAAUUGAAGGCAAAUGAAACUCGGAUCUCAAUUACCGCCGACACCUGGACAUCGAUCCAGAAUAUAAACUACCUAGUACUAAUAGCCCACUUCAUGGAUAGUGACUGGAUAUUGCACAAAAGGAUCAUCAACUUUUGUACAAUUACUAGUCACAAAGGAGAGGAUAUUGGAAGGGUAGUAGAGCAGUGUUUGAGGAAAUGGGAGAUCACCAAAGUGUUUACAAUCACAGUAGACAAUGCUAGUGCUAAUGACUUAGCUGUGGCAUACAUGAAGAGAAGGUUGACCAGUUACAAGACUUUGAUGUUUGAGGGAGAGUUUUUACAUUUAAGAUGUGCAUGCCACAUUAUAAAUUUGAUAGUUAAGGAUGGUCUGAAGGAGUUACAAGAUGGGAUUGCUGCUAUAUGGAACUGUGCCAAGUAUGUUAGGAGUUCAUCAAGUCGUCUUGACAAGUUCAGGGAGUUUGCUGUUUUGGAACAGUGCAGGGCAAAUGCCAAUGUUCCAUUAGAUGUAGUCACAAGAUGGAACAGCACAUACCUCAUGCUUGAAGCUGCACUUAAGUAUGAAGCUGUGUUCGGCAGAAUGGGUGAAGAAGACUGCAAUUUUAAAGCUUAUUUCGACGAAACGGACAGAAAUGGCAAACCCAGGGUUGGACCACCAUCUAGUGAGGAUUGGAGGAAUGCAAAAGCAUUUUGUUUGUUUUUGAAGAAGUUUUAUGAAGCUACUGUGAAGCUGAGCGCUUGGAAGAAGAUCACUGCCAAUAUAUUAUUUGUUGAAAUGGUUACAUUGCAAACUGAGAUUGACAAGGCUAUCAUUGCAGAAGACCCUAUUUUGAAGAGGGUUGCCACUUCAAUGAAGGCCAAGUUCAACAAAUAUUGGGGAAGCUUCAAAUCGGUGAACAAGAUAAUCAUGAUAGCUAAUGUUCUUGACCCAAGAUACAAGCUGCAGUGGGCUAAAGUAGCAAUGCAAAAAGUCAAUGCAAGCUACGAGACAAUUCAUUCAAUACAAGGGGACUUAAAGAAAAUUUUGCUGAAGAUGUAUGAUGAAUACAAAGCCAAUGAAGGCAGCAACGAAGCUGAACUGUACAUGGGAGAAGAUCUAGGAUUCGAAGGGGAUGACUUGGAGAAUCUUGAUGAAGUCAGCAAGCAAAUAGCAAGGGAGAGGAUGGCAGAGCAGUCACAAUGCAUACGAAAUGAGGUUGAUCAGUAUUUAUCGGAUAGGUAUGUUAGCCUCCUUGCAAAGAAUUUUGAAAUUCAUAAGUGGUGGAAGGCCAAUGAGUUAACCUAUCCAAUCCUAUCAAAGUUAGCAAAGGAUGUUUUUGCUGUUCCUUGCUCAACGUUCGGAUUGGUUAAAAUCUGA